UCGAAGACCGUCUGUUUGGAGCAUCAGAGCUCAUAGGAGUGAAUCCACUAGUUCAGUGAGGCGUCAAUAACAGAAUUGCCCGUCAUACUCUACGACACCGCCAUCAUGUCAUACAUCUGCCCAGGAAAUCUCAAAUCCAUCAUUGGUCCAGCAGUUCCAACGAUGGAGGCCAUCUUACCACCUACAAGCACCAUCAGGAUGGAUGAAUGACCCGUGUGCACCUGGUUACGAUCCAGGAACAGGUCUCUACCACGUAUCAUUCCAAUGGAACCCGAAUGGGUCGGAUUGGGGAGAUAUCGCAUGGGCAUCGGCUCAUUCUCACGAUCUGAUACACUGGACUGUCAAAGCCGAACCCUCCCUGUCUCCUGACUCUCCAUAUGAUUAUCAAGGAGUGUUUACCGGAUGUCAGAUGCCUACGAUAGAUGGUAGUAUCACGUAUGCCUACACAUCUGUCAGUGCGCUUCCGAUACAUCAUAGCCUCUCUCAUCAAAGAGGCAGCGAGUCGCUCAGUCUCGCUAAAUCGUUUGAUGGGGGGAAGUCUUGGACCAAAGUUGAUGCAAACCCGAUCCUACCUAGCGAGCCUCCUGAGUUGGAUGUCACUGGCUGGAGAGAUCCUUUUGUUGCCCGUUGGGCAGCUAUGAGCAAAAUCCUGGAUCGCAAUCCUACCAGUACUUUAUAUGGUAUAAUAUCCGGGGGUAUUCGAGACGUCACACCAACGACAUUCCUUUACGCCAUAGACGAAUCCAAUCUAGAGCAAUGGGAAUAUGUCGGGCCUCUAGUAAACUAUGGCCUGAAUGCUCGACCGUCUAUGUGGAGUGGUGAUCUCGGCAAGAACUGGGAAGUCACCAACUUCACAUCACUGCAAGGUGCGGAUGGUAGCAUGAUAAAUUUGCUCAUGAUGGGCACCGAAGGCUGUUUAUCAACAUCUACUCCUGAUCUCAUUGGACCGUCACGACCAGCAAGAGGCCAGCUUUGGAUGGUCGGGUCACUCCAGGAACCCGGAGCAAAUACGUACGAUAGCCCUGUCGAGAUGAAGUAUCAUUUUGGUGGCCACCUCGACCAUGGUUGUCUCUAUGCAGCAAACUCGUUCUACGAUCCAAAGUCACAGAAGCAAAUCGUCUGGGCCUGGAUCACGGAAGAUGAUUUAUGUGAUGAUCUCCGCCAUCUUCAAGGGUGGAGCGGAAUGUUGUCCAUGCCGCGUGAGCUCCAUAUGCAGACAAUACAACAUGUUGUGCGAGGUUGCUUCAGUGACCUUGCAGAUAUCACCUCAAUCGAAAGUAGACUGGACAAGAAUGGCACAUACACCAUUUCGACGCUUGCUACUCAACCAUACCAACCUUUAGUGCAUGCCUUGAGACGUGGACCCAACGUGAGAAAGACCUCUUUGACUAAUCAGGCUUUGUCAACUUCAUUCCUCACAAACACGCGUAUUAGUACAAGACAAUGGGAGCUAUAUGUGGAAAUUGCCCUCGCAACGCAAGCUGGUCGCAUUGGUAUCAGGAUUGCUCACUCGGUGGAUGAGACCCGCUGCACUGAAAUCGCAUUCAAUCCACAAGACGAGAUGAUAACACUAUCCCGACCUCCUCUCCCAUUCGAGAACUCUGCUCGCUUAAUCAAUAGCGCCCCUGAGUCAGCUCCUCAUACAUUGUUCACGAGUCGCAGUCCGCAUACGCAUAUGGAGAGCACCGAGACUCUAAAGAUACGUGCGUGGCGGGACAACUCAGUUCUUGAAGUGUUUGUCAAUGAGAGGACGGCGAUCAGUACUCGUCUGUAUGGCGCUGAUGAGACGUACGGAUUGUCAAUAUUUGCAGAUGAACAGUCGGGAUCAAGUGAACUGAUACGGUUAGAUCUUUGGGAUGGAAUCGGGCUUCCGUAAGUCUAGGCUGUCCGAUGGGAUAAUAGUCUCAUUGUGUUCCAAGG